UAGUUUGAGAAACACCCAUAUUUGUUUUAGUAUGCCUUCCCUUCCCUUUCACCAAAAGCUCGACAAGUACGCUACUGAGUAUUCAUAUAUUUAAUGACUGAACAACCGAACGUGGCAAUUGGCAAAAACACACACUAAGCUUAAUCUAGUCAACUCACAUCGCCAACCUAAGUUUCAAAUUUUGAUCCACAACCUCAAAAAAAACAAAAAAAUGCUCAGAGCUCUCACCGCCAGGCGUUCACUUCAGUCCCUCUACCGCCGCCAUGGCAGUAAUACUCCACCACUCCCAAGCCUGCCCUCCACCAACCCAUUAAGCCCUAUUAGACAGUUGUGUACUUCGUCGUCUUCAUCAUCCUCAUCCGAAGCCGAGCUCCGGAAGUACCUUGGCUAUGGGGCGUUGGUUGUCUUCUGCGGCGCAGCCACCUACUACUCCUUCCCAUUCCCCGAGAAUGCAAAACACAAGAAAGCCCAGAUCUUCCGUUACGCUCCUUUGCCUGAAGAUCUUCAUACGGUCUCGAAUUGGAGCGGGACUCAUGAGGUUCAGACCCGGGUUUUCCACCAACCCGAGAACCUUGGUGAGCUUGAAAAGGUUGUGAAAGAGGCCCAUGAGAAGAAGACCCGGAUUCGGCCGGUCGGGUCAGGGUUGUCCCCAAAUGGGAUCGGGUUGUCCAGAGCUGGAAUGGUGAAUUUGGCUCUCAUGGACAAGGUUUUGGAGGUUGAUAAAGAGAAGAAGAGGGUUAGAGUUCAGGCUGGGAUAAGGGUCCAGGAACUGGUGGAUGGGAUUAAGGAGUAUGGGAUCACUCUUCAGAACUUCGCCUCUAUAAGGGAACAGCAAAUUGGUGGGAUCAUACAGGUUGGUGCACAUGGUACUGGUGCAAGAUUGCCUCCUAUUGAUGAGCAGAUUGUCAGCAUGAAACUGGUCACUCCUGCUAAGGGAACAAUAGAAUUAUCAAAAGAGAAAGAUCCAGAGCUCUUUUAUCUUGCUCGUUGUGGUCUCGGGGGCCUUGGAGUAGUUGCUGAGGUGACCAUUCAAUGUGUUGAGAGACAGGAGCUUGUGGAGCACACUGUUAUCUCAACCAUGGAAGAGAUAAAAAAAAAUCAUAAGAAAUUGCUGUCUGAGAAUAAACAUGUAAAGUACCUAUAUAUUCCCUAUACAGAUGCUGUUGUGGUUGUGACAUGCAAUCCUGUGUCAAAAUGGAAAGGUCCCCCAAAAUUUAAACCCAAAUAUACUACGGAUGAGGCCUUACAGCAUGUUCGGGAUCUCUACAAGGAGAGUCUGAAGAAGUACAGAGUGAGAGACAUUACAGCUCCAUCUGAAGGAAAUGUUGAACAGGAUAUAAACGAUCUUUCGUUUACAGAGUUGAGAGAUAAACUGCUUGCCUUAGAUCCUCUUAACAAAGACCAUGUUAUAAAAGUUAAUCAAGCUGAGGCUGAAUGCUGGAGAAAGUCAGAGGGAUACAGAGUAGGAUGGAGUGAUGAAAUUCUUGGGUUUGAUUGUGGUGGCCAACAGUGGGUUUCAGAGACAUGUUUUCCUGUUGGUACCUUAGGUAAACCGAACAUGAAAGACCUUCAAUACAUUGAAGAUCUUAAGAAGCUGAUAGAGAAGGAAAAAGUACCCGCGCCUUCUCCAAUAGAGCAACGGUGGUCAGCUUGCAGCAAGAGCCCCAUGAGUCCAGCUUCGAGCACAUCAGAUGAUGAAAUAUUUUCCUGGGUUGGCAUAAUCAUGUACCUUCCUACCAUGGAUGCUCGCCAGAGAAAGGAAAUAACAGAAGAGUUUUUCCACUACAGACACCUGACUCAGGCCAAAUUGUGGGGCCGAUAUUCUGCUUAUGAACAUUGGGCAAAGAUUGAGGUUCCAAAAGACAAGGAUGAGCUAGCAGCUCUCCAGGAAAGACUUAGAAAGAGAUUUCCGGUUGAUGCAUACAAUAAAGCACGAAGAGAAUUGGACCCUAACAAGAUCCUCUCCAACAACAAGAUUGAAAAGCUUUUCCCAGUGUCUGAAACCGUAUGAGAAUACAGCCUUGUAUGGUAAGUAUUUCAUUUAUUUUCUUUGUUAUAAAUUAUUACCUUCCCUUAUUUUUUUGGUCAGACCUGAUACAAGCAAUUUUUAGCUUUCCCAAAUUUGUCACACCUGAUGCUAGCAAUUUUCAGUUCAAAUAAUUUGAUUGUACAUUACGAGAACUUUGUUUGAUUAUUAAAUGCAUUAUGUAUAUGGUGUGUUAUUACACUUAUAAAUGUUAAUAAAAAUAAGGAAAAUUGGGGAAA